AUGUAUGUGAGUUAUCUUUUGGAAAAAGAAGCCAGCAUGUAUCCGGGAUCCGUAAGGUGCAACAGCAGCAGCAGCAGCAGCAGCAACAAUAACCUGCCAGCACAAAACUUUGCCUCCUCAACACCCUACACAGAUUACAUGGGAUACCAUCAUAUGCAAAGUAUGGACAACCGUGGACAACCUUCAGGGGCCUGGGGAGCACAUUAUGGCCUGCAAAGGGAGGAUUGGAAUGCUUACGGCCCAGGACCCUCCAGCACUGUGACACCCACACCAAUGAACGGAUCAUCUCCUGGACAGGUUUCCUACAGUUCUGCUGAUUACAACUCCCUGAAUCCCGCUGGAUCGGGGGCUUUACCUCCUGUAGAUACAAUUAAUACAGAGCAAAUCUCUCCCCACAGUCAAAGACACAGCUCUUAUGAAUGGAUGAGGAAAACAGUCCAAUCCACUUCAACAGGUAAAACAAGAACAAGAGAGAAAUACCGUGUUGUUUACACAGAUCAUCAGAGAUUAGAAUUGGAGAAGGAAUUUCAUUACAACAGAUACAUUACAAUCCGGAGGAAGUCUGAACUUGCUGCAAACCUAAGACUUUCUGAGAGACAGGUAAAAAUCUGGUUCCAGAAUCGCAGAGCCAAAGAAAGGAAAUUAAUGAAGAAGAAAAUGACCAAUUUUGAUGGCAGCAGCCUUGGUUCCAUCCAGAGUGACUCUGGUUCAAUGAGUCCAAUUCCGAUUCCUGACCCACAGACUCAUUCAGAAAUGGCUGGUACUUUAUUUCCUCCACCACCACUGCCACCGCCGCCACCUCCUCUUCCAAUGAAUGGCUUGCAGCACAAUGGGAACCUUCAGCAAGUUGUGGCAUCUCAGUAG